AUGUCAAAGUGGAAGCUCGCCGCAGUGAAGUCCUCCCAGACCCUGGAGACGGCCGACACCGACCUCAUCCAGCUCAUUUCGGACAUCAGUAAGGAUGUAGACUCCAGGCAUGCUGGUCUGCUGAGGGACGCCAAGGGUGCCACCCCCGAUAUUGAGGGGCUGGACAGCUCAUUGAGAGGGAAGGCACAGACCGCCAUCCUCAGCCUCCAGUCUGGACUGCUGGAAAGGGAGACCGAGGUCCGCCUCCUACUGCUGGCGGCUCUGUGUGGCGAGCACCUCCUGCUCCUGGGCCCCCCCGGCACGGCAAAGUCGGAGCUGAGCAGGCGGCUGGCAGAGCUGACGGGCGGGCGCUACUUUGAGCGCCUGCUGACGAGAUUUUCGGUGCCCGAGGAGUUGUUUGGCCCUCUGAGCAUGAAGGGCCUGGAGAAUGAUCUGUAUGAGCGCCAGACCUCGGGGUACCUCCCGACGGCGGAGGUGGCCUUCAUUGACGAGGUGUUCAAGGCAAACUCCGCCAUCCUGAACGCCCUGCUCACCAUCCUUAACGAGCGCCUGUUCAGCAACGGCAGCGCAAGGUUGGAAGUCCCCCUGCUGUGCCUGGUCGGCGCCUCCAACGAGCUGCCAGAGAGUGAGGAACUGGAUGCGCUGUACGACCGCUUCCUGCUGCGGAGGCAGGUCGCCCAGGUUUCCAGCGCCCAGCUGGGGAACCUGGCGAGGCUGGCGGCUGGCUCCCUGCGUGCCACGACCCAGACAUCGGCUGACGGCGCCGAGGCGGGAGGCGGCCGCCUGGAGCUGGCAGACUUCCAUGGCACCGCCAGCACCGCGUAUAGCGCGGUGGAAGUGCCGGAUUCGGUCAUCGAUCUGCUGACCACCACUCGUGACUACCUCCAGGAUAAGUGCGAGCCGCCCAUCUAUGUGUCUGACAGGCGCUUCAUGAAGGCGAUCAAGAUGCUGCAAGUGGCAGCCCAUGUGGAUGGACGGAGCGCCGUUCACGAGUACGACUGCCUCCUCCUGGAGUUUGUCCUGGGGUCUAGGCCCGAUGACAGCCAGAAAGUACGAGCGUUUGUCCUGGAGACCAUUGCCUCCGACCCCGGCCUGCAGCAGCUGGAGCUGGUCUUCCUGGGCCUCUUCGGGCGGGCAUGCCGAGCUCUGGAAGGCGGGAAUGAGCAGGACGUCGCCGAGGCUCAGCAGGAGGCAAGCCAGCUGGUGGAGCUCCUGGACCUGCGCCAGGGCAGCGUGGGCUUGACCCUGGAUGGGGGGUUUGCAGAUCUGGGGGCCACCAUCUGGCAGUCAGAGGGCAGCGUGCGUGAGGCGGUCCAGGUUCUCACCCCUCCCAUGACCGAGAACAGAAAGAAGGCCGAGGACCUGCUGAGGGAGGCCCUGCUACUCCAGACAGCUCUGCAGCGCCAGGUGGCGGCCUCGGCCCUGGAGCGCAUCCUGCCCAAGCGGUACAAGCAAUACCAGAAGGGUGUGUCUGGCAGGGUGUAG